UUCUGCCCCCUCAAACACAGAGUAAGAAGAAGCAGUGUCACGAGUGCUUCCCAACCAUUCCAUGCAUCCUCUCUUCCUGCAGACCUUCUAGGCUGCUGCACACAGACCAAAGGAAAACAUGGUCUGACUCGAAGGAAAACCAAGCCGUACAAGCUUAAGCGUGGAGCAGGGAAAGCUAAAAAGGGAAGGCAAGCAGGAGAGAUCCCUCCUCGUUACUCUUGAGUAGCGGUCUUUAGUGUGUGAAAGAGGAGAAGAGGUAAUGGGUUCCCCUUCUUCCGCCUCCCAAUUGAGAGAAGACCCCUCAAAACCUCUCCUUCAUCCCACCUCGUCCACCAGAAGAUACCGCACCACCCUCUUCUGCUCCUGUCUCGUCCUCCUCGCCCUCGUCGCCGUCGCCAUCGCCUCCACUGCCUCCAGCCGCUCCGCCUCCGCGCCCACCGCCCGGCCCCCGUCCAAACUCUCCCGCCCGGUCGUCAUCAUCGUCUCCGCCGACGGCUUCCGCUUCGGGUACCAGUUCAAGACCCAGACCCCCAACAUCCGCCAACUCAUCGCCGCCGGCACCGAGGCGGAGGAGGGACUCAUCCCGGUCUUCCCCUCCCUCACCUUCCCCAACCACUACUCCAUCGCCACCGGCCUCUACCCACCCUACCACGGCAUCAUCAACAACUACUUCACCGACCCGGUCACCGGCGACUGGUUCACCACCGCGAGCCACGAGCCUCACUGGUGGCUCGGGGAGCCCCUCUGGCAGACCGCCGCCGCCCAGGGCGUCGCCGCCGCCACCUACUUCUGGCCCGGCUCCGAGGUAAUCAAAGGCUCCUGGACUUGCCCUCCUAAAUUCUGCCCUAAAUACAAUGGCUCGGUGCCGUUCGAGCAACGAGUUGACACUCUUUUGGGGUUCUUCGAUCUCCCUAGCGGUGAGAUCCCUGCACUCAUGAUGCUCUAUUUGGAGCAACCUGAUCUCCAAGGCCAUGAACUUGGCCCUGACGAUCCGGAGGUCACUAAGGCAGUAGCUCGCGUCGAUCAAAUGAUUGGCAGAUUGAUCGCCGGGCUCGAACGAAGAGGGAUCUUUGAGGACGUCACCAUGAUUAUGCUGGGUGAUCACGGAAUGGUCGGCGUCUGCCGGAAAAAGACCAUCUUUCUGGAUGAUUUGGCUCCAUGGGUUCAAAUUCCAGAGAGUUGGGUACAGUCCUAUAGCCCAUUGCUGGCAAUCCGACCUCCGGCCGAGGUUUCUUCAUCGGAGGUGGUGGCCAAAAUGAAUGAAGGGUUGAGCUCAGGGAAGGUUGAGAAUGGGGAAUAUCUAAGAAUGUUUCUUAAGGAGGAUUUGCCUGAAAGGCUCCAUUAUUCUGCCAGUUCCAGGAUUCCACCAAUCAUAGGGAUGUUGGGCGAGGCGUACACUGUCGUGCAGAACAGAACAUCGGAAUUCUCUGAGUGUGGAGGAGCUCAUGGAUAUGACAAUGCAUUGUUUUCAAUGAGGACCAUUUUCAUAGCCCAUGGACCCCGAUUUGAAAGGGGUCGAAAAAUUCCAUCAUUUAAGAAUGUCGAGAUAUACAACUUGGUCACUACCAUUCUGAAUCUAAAUGGUGCUCCAAAUAAUGGGUCAGCAUCAUUUCCAAAUUCUGUUCUUCUGCCAAGCACUUGAACUUGUACUCGGUGGAAUUUGGGGAUGUGGGCAGAUGCCUUUGCUUCCAUGUGAUGUUCGCUAUCUUUUGCAAAGUCAGGAUGAAAUAAAUCAGUUGCUUUAGUUUGCCUGAAAUCAUUGUUAGAAUAGUUUCAGACUUUAUGAUAUUUCCAUCUCUUUUGCA